GUCAGGCCUAAACCACGACACUGCGAAGCACGAUGGAUCCUCUUGAAGACGAUGACACCAUAUUUCUUGCUGAUGUUCUCUUGGAUGAAUGCGAGGAGGCUCAACGUAAACAAACAGCUGGAGCGUCGAAAACGGGCUCAGAAAAAUUUGUUUGGGUCGAGGAGGACGAGGAAGGGAACCCUCUCCCAAAAAGGCGUAGAACGGGGGAGGGGCGGAAACGGGGUUCAUCCACAGUUACCUCCGGAAGCAUGGACCCAUCAUGUGCUUCUACUAGUGGACAUCAGAGUGUGACUGGGACCAUUCAAGACAUAGGCUCCCUCAUCCAAGAAGUCCAAGACCUUUUAGGACCUGCUGAAGACCCAGCCCCUUCACACUGGAAGGAUAGGCAAGCUUCCACUUUGGAAAAGUGGACUGUGUUAAGACCUGUUAUGGUUAAUCAGAUGCUGUUAUCGGAGAAGCCUAAAGAAGCAGCUUGCCACCACUGUAGAGCCAAAGUUGCGACUGUGAUGUGUAAGGAUUGUUUACCAAGACCACUUCACUGUACAGCCUGCGAUCUUGCCAGACACGACUCCCUGGUGCUCCACAACAGAUCAUCCAUGGUAGAGGGAUUCUACAGGCCACUGCCACCAACCACUCACAUCAAGGAAGAAGAGGGAGGAAAAUUCUCCUACCAUGGAAGAGAGUGCUUUUUGCCAGUAAUACUUCCCUGCUGCGACUGCUCUACUGGGCAAACAACCGUUUCUGCAGGAAAGCAAGUGAUACUGAUUGGAAUGAAUGGGCGAUACAAUCUGUCCCUUCCCACUGUCAGCUGCUCCUGUGGAAAGACUUGGGAUGUAACCAUUAGUCAUCUGGUUGAAAGUGGCUAUUGGCCAGCUACAGUCAAUUUUGAGACUUUGUACACAGUCGAUUUGUUCACUACAUACGAAGAUCUCAAGAUUACUGCUCCAGGAAUGUCACGACAAGCUUUUGUAGCCAUGCUUGAACAGCGUACUAAACUCUUCGGUCGGAGUGGUAAAAUAUGUGGAGACACCAUGCAGAAAUCAUUCCUGGAAUGGUCUUAUGCAAAAUUUGAGGUUGAGAGGCUGUCUCAGGUGCAUCACUUUCAGUGCCCUGCAUGCACACCCUCCAUGUUGGCUGUUGCAGUGGAUGGGAACCGCAAGCUUUACCGCUUUAAAAGCCAACCGGGACCUAAUGGAUUUUUUGAAGGUGUGUUUCUGGCCAAGGAUGCCGAGGUGACCUCCUUUGUCGACUACAUCCAUGGGUCAACAGGACAUAAUCCUGGGAAAGGGAGGUGUGGUACAGGCGAGUGGAUGGCAGCACGAGAGUCCUCGAGCAAGUCUGCGAGCAAAGUAGACGAGGAAGGUGUCGAGGUUGCUGUCUGCCGUCAUGGGAUUUUGCUGAAGGGACUGAAUAUGUUCCGUGGAGAGAUAUUUGCAUAUCCCUUAUAUCUCCAGAAACAGCUUGCUUCACAGAAUGUGCAGUUCUUUUGCUCUGAUGUCGUAUGCAAAUACUGGCCAUAUUUGCAGAGGGUUGUGGGCCACUGUCCUGAGUUACAGGACCUGUUGAACAUGCGUCCCUUUCUCUCCAUCAUGCAUGCUAAAGCACAUUCCUGGAUGUGUGAGUUGCAAUGGGGAGGACGAAAUCAAGAGGGAGCAGGAACAACAAUAGGGGAGGAGGUUGAACAGGUGAACAGCUUCCUCUCUCGAGCAGCCAUAUGUUCCAAGUACAUGUCAAAAGCUGUCCGCACAGACAUCCUUACCAUCCAGGCCAGUGGCUGGAACAAGCGGAAGGCAGAAAACCUUGACCGGACAUUGGCCAAACGAUACAUCAAGACUGUACAAAGGAUUUCCGAGGCAUCUGAGGACCUUAAGAAACUGACUGCAGAGCUGUCGAUACAGGAGGACACAGUCCAGCAAUGGGUGUCUGAUGUUCAGCAGUGGACUGCAGGAACAACCAGUCAAAAUGACCUGGAGAAAACCAUCGAAGGACUGUAUCUUAGCAUCAAGCAGAGAAAAUAUCAGCUGUAUCGUAAGGCUGAUGGCAACAAACGGAGACAUCAGCUAAGGAAAAAGAUAGCUGCAGAAAAGAGAGCCUUGGAAGAUGCCAUCACAAAACACAAUGCUGUGUUGGGGGAAACUGACAAACUCCCUCCUCCCAAUGAGCUCUUGGCUGAGGAAAACUAUUCCUGGCCUUGGGAAUGUCAUGGCGACAUGGCAAAGAAAAAAAGGGUGUAUGACAAAGUAAUGCUGCUAACCAGACUGAAAGAAGAGGAGGGCAUUGUUGUUCGUGAAGUCAAGCAGCACUGGGAGUACUUGAGGAGUGUGGUUGGAAUGAUGGAAGAUCUUUCCUCCCAGCUUUCUCAAGGGAUCACCCAGCAAAGCAGUACUGAGGCAUUGACGGGGAGAGGACGUGAGGGGCUAUUCUGUCUACUGAGGAAGAGAUUGUCUGCAGUUAAAGCUCAGCAGGGUGCCGCCCGCACAACGUACCAACGUGUUUUGGGAUUGCAAGCAUUGUCUCUGGAUGACUCCUCCACUGAUGAUGAGGAAAACUUGGACAGCAGCUCCUCCUCUGACGAAGAACCUUGACCUCCCCCAAAAGCAGUCUCCCCAGCACCCAAAGAUGCAGCUCUUUUCCAUGAAAAUAAAGUCCUUGCAU